AUGGGCCACGGCUCCCUGGAUUACAGGAUUCGUGAUUCAGAACACAUGAGAGAGGCAAUACUGAAAAUGGUGAAGAGCCUAACUAGGUCUCUCGACGAAGUCCUUGACUAUCUCAACGGAGAUAUCGAGCAAGAAGAUGAAGAAUCUGACAUUGACUCUGAGAUGGAGUCGGACAUGGAUCUACUUCUUGACAGUGUCAAGGAUCCCAUCGAUCGCCUGUAUAAGCUGGCUGUUUGGAUCCGCAACCCAGCGGCUAGGCUGCCGUCUUCAAAGGCGAGAGACUUCCAGCAAAUCGAUCAAGAGACCAAAGUUGACCUCUUCAAAUCCUUUGAAUCAUUUGACUACGAUUAUGUCCGGUCUCUUUUCCUGCAGUAUGAGAAAGAUAAAGCUUUGCAGGAAAAUCCAACAGCCAAGCCUCAACAGGAAGUUGGCGACAUCGAUGAUCAAGAUCGGGUGUGGGAACCGAUCAGAACGACGUUGGAGUUGAACAAGCUGAGCAUUUCCAACGGCAGCGAGUCGUACCUUGUUCGCCGCAUAGCUCGAGCAAAUGGACGCAGGCGGCAGCAAUUUGCUUACUGGAGAAAACACAAGGACAAGCUCCGCGCACAAUCAUCUGUUGUCAUCGACGCUCCCACGCAUGAGCUGCCAAAUACCGACCAACCAAUAGAAGGCGGAGGAAAGAAUAAUCCAACCAAAGCCCUAUUGACCAUCACUACAGCGACUCAACUCCCCUUGGCAGAUGGUGCCGGGAAUGAAUUAUUUGAGAAGAGUAACGUCCUGAAUGUCGCCGUUUCCGAAUACGCUCCAUCAGCAUGGGAGCCUAGCAAAGACACUGUUAGCUUUCCAUUGCCGCCAAAAGCAUCUACAAAGGAUCAGUUCUUUGAGUGUCCAUAUUGCUAUACAAUUUGUCCUGCUUCCCUUCUCGCAAAAAGGGCCUGGAGAGCACAUCUGAUACGAGAUCUAAGGCCUUACAUUUGCACCUUUGAGCAUUGCUCAACUCCUGAGCAACUGUAUGAUAGCCGUGACGAUUGGAUCCAACACGAGACUUCGGCACAUCAUACUAUUCUGCGAUGUCCUAAGCAUGAAGAAGAGACCUUCACCACGACGGCGGCAUACGAAGCGCACAUACAUGAGCAUCAUCACAACCAGACGCUUCCACUCUCAUUGGCCAAGUCCAUUACCGAUAUGCAUAGGAGCUGUCCAAUAUGCUCUAGAGUUUUGCAGACAAUACAGCAACUACAAAGCCAUAUCGCCCUUCACCUUGAACGUUUUGCCAUGUUUACACUGCCUCGCUCUCUUGAUGAGAUAAAGGGUUCGGACCUCGAAAGCCAGCCCGCCGGAGUCUCUUCGGCGUCUGAUAGAUCUUCCAAUGGGUAUUCAGAUUCAAACUCAGAGGUUGAAGGCAGAGCUGAAGAUGUCAAGAUGAGCAUGGACUCAAUAAAGAGGGGUAUACUAAGUAUAUGCAAAGAUUUCGUGAAGUUACGCUCAUCAACGCUGGAACAACCAGCACAAGAUGCGACAGACUUCUUCCAAGAAUUGGCCGGAAUCCAAAUGCGGGUGAAGCAUUGCGAGAACACAGUUAGAAACUGGACGUUUGGCAAUGCAACAAAACGCGUCCUCCUUGAGUUAUUCAGCGAAAUAUGCAUCAUGGCUGGUAUGGUAAAUGAGGCUAUUGCAGGACUUGAACAGUUGGAAUCUCUUGAGGUGGGCUAUGGUGACCGUUCAGCAAAAAUACGAAUAAAGCAAAGAUUGGCGGAUGCUUAUGGAAUAAUCGCCAUGUUGAACGAAGUCGACGAGCUUUUAAAGAACGGAACAGACAUUCUCACAGAACCUGGAAAGAGUAGUGCUCUUGGCAUCUUCGCUCGUACUGAACCAGGGAUGCUGCACGCUGAGACGUUAUGGGGACCGCAUAUU